CGUAGUUGCUGGGGAAGACGCCCACACGGCCACUGGGCAACUGCCCGGUCCACCAGCCCUCAUCGCCGGACACCGCACAGUCCUGGGAAAGCACCUGGACGCGGUCGCCCCUCCGCAAGGAUAUUGGACAUCAGCCUAGGAUCUUCACACUGAGCUACAUCUUUAGUCCCUUUUUAUUUAAAGACAGGGUCUCAGUAAUCACUAUGUUGCCAAGUCUGGCUCAAAUUGUGAUCCCAGAGUGCUGGAAUUACAGGUUCUUGGAUAUGAACAAAAGCACCACAAGCACCACACCCUAGUCCCUGAGGAAAUGGUUUCAGUGGAUGUGGUGAUGGGGAUAGCCAUCCUUACUCAGAUUGGAAUUGGGAUGGCGGGGAAUUCUUCCUUCCUUUUCCCUUACAUUUAUUCCCUUACCAGGAAACAUGGACUGAGACCAAUCGCUCAUAUAAUGAGCCAUCUUGCAUUGGCCAAUACAUUGUGGAUUCUUUGUGGAGAAAUCCCUCAGACAAUGGCAGCCUUUGGGCUGCAGUAUUUCCUGGAUGAUGUUGGAUGUAAACUUGUCUUUUAUUUUCACAGAGUGGCCUGGGGAAAUUCUCUCAGUACCACCUGUCUUCUAGGUGGCCUCCAGGCCUUAAGUAUCAACCUAACAAACGUGAGAUGGUCAGAACUCAAAUCCAAAUCCAUAAAACAUAUUAAUUCUACCUGUAUCCUGAGUUGGGUGUUUCAUUUGCUGGUAAAUAUCAUUGUUCCCUUGAGAGUGACUGGCCAAAAAAAUAGCAGAAAUAAUACUGUGAAUUCAAAUCUGAAAUAUUGCACUACACAAUCUCCUCAAAUAUCCCCAGAGAGCAGGGCCACAAAAUCUAUCCUGCUAUUUGUGAGCACUUUUGUCUUAUUUUAUUCUCUCUUCCAUUUUUGAAGCUUAUAUUUUUCUUUGUGACAACCCACAGUCAUGGCUUGUGAACACCAGUGUGAUUCUAACAUCUUGUUUUCCAACCUUCAGCCCCUUUUUGCUCUUAAAAAGCAACAUCUCCAUCUUCCAUUUCUGUUCUUCCUGCUGAGGAAGUCAGAGAACUUCCCCAGCUUCGAGCAGCAUCUCCAAUAUCCCCUCAUCCGUCCAUCUCACACUGUGAAGUAUCUUCUCUGAACCAAUCAUAUUCCACACACAGUGCUGAGGGGAGAAGGUACCUGCUACAGUAGAGUCUGUAGGAAAUCUAU